AGCUGGACGAGGGGCAGAAAUAAAUCUCUACUAACAGAGGGCGGCCCGGCAGUCACAGCCAUGAGGCCGCUAUGGAAGAGGACGCUGUGCGCACUACUCGGGGUCCUAGCCUUGAGCUGGGCUCAGGAGGACAGCUGCCCCGAAGUGAGACUUUUUGAAACUGGUGAUGUGAAUAAAGUGGUUUUUCUGCAAGGUUGUGCAGGGGCUCCUGGCCCACCUGGAAUAAAGGGGGACCCAGGUCCUGAAGGUGCAAAAGGAGAAAGUGGAUUACCUGGAUAUGCAGGAAAAUCUGGUUUGCAAGGACAACGUGGAGAACAUGGGCUUCCAGGGACACCUGGACAACGUGGAGAGAAAGGAGAGAAAGGAGAUGAAGGAAUUCCAGGUGACAGAGGAGAGAAAGGCGAUUCAUGUCUCCCAGAAUAUGGCGUUGCCAGAGACUGUAUGGAUCUUCUCAACUUCGGUGCCACGUUCACCGGAUGGUACACAAUAUACCCAGAUGGCAAAAACCCACUGAACGUUCUGUGUGACAUGGACACUGAUGGCGGGGGAUGGAUUGUUUUCCAGAGGCGAACGGACGGCUCGGUGGAUUUUAACCGCGAUUGGAACAGCUAUAAGAACGGCUUUGGGAGCCAGCUGGGCGAAUUCUGGCUCGGAAACGACAACAUCCGCCGCCUUACGGCAAAAGGCUCCUUCACUCUACGCUUCGACCUGCAGGACUUCCAGGGGAAUUCUUCAUAUGCCACAUACAGCGAUUUCUGCAUCGAAGACGAGUCGGACCAAUACAUUCUGCGCUACGGGAGUUACACGGGGGGCAAUGCAGGUGAUUCUCUGGCCAUGCAAAAGGACGAAGCCUUUUCAACAAAAGAUCGAAACAACGACAAGUCGGAUAAAACCCUACCAAGCUGCUCUGAAUACUUCAAAGGAGGCUGGUGGUUCGAGGCUUGUCACCUGUCCCACCUGAACGGAGAGUAUCUGAAGGGUCCCCACAGGGUCAAAGGCAAGGGCAUAAUCUGGCACGAGUUCAGAGGGAGCUUCUACUCGCUGAAGUCCACGCAAAUUAAAUUCCGUCCCGAGAGGCUGUAGAGAACUUGGCAGCUUGGUUCAGAUUGCCAGGUGCGCCCAAAGUAGCAGGAGCCUAAUAAAAUGUUUCAAAAAAAUGUUAAAUAUCUCUGUUCUGUUUACAUUAAAAAAAAGUAACAUUUUGUCAAGAAUGGCUUUUAUUAGAGG